GGUGUUACGUGGCGAGCGUCUCCUACCUCUCCUCUCUCUCUCUCUCUCUCUGCUUCCUCUCUACUAAGCACAAAACACCAGUACCAUUUGUAUAACCACCUGCGCACGUUAGUAGUAGCCACUUUCCUCCCUCUAUCUCUCUCCUUCAUUCCGCAGAUUUCCUUUUCUUCAUAAAAAAGGAAAAAGGAAAAAGCGGUUUCGAAAUGGUCGCUUCGGAUUUCCGUUUCCUCAGUUGAAAGCUGACACCUUAUUAUUGUGUAAUUAAUAUAAACUCACAGGCGCAUUUUAGCCACCUGAAACACUAUUCUCCUUUUCUUUUUCUUUUUCCUUCGCCACUCUGUCUGUCUCUGUUUUUUUGCCUUUCAAUUGCAAAUCUGUUUCUGUCGCUCCAUUUUGGUCGCUCCUGCUAACCAUAUUCAUAUAGUGGUGGUCUCUUGCUGAUGUUUGCCAUGAGAGGGCGUCAUAUGGACGUUGCGUCCUCGAUGUACAAGCGUGUUCCAUCGAGAGACUUUAUAAGUGCUUACGAUAGAGAAGAAAGUUCAGUGCUGCAUGGCACAGGCAAAGAUAAUGGAAACCCUCUGGGGAGGCGUUCUUUGUGGCAUGUACUGGUUGCAACUAUUUCUUCUUUUUUGUUUGGCUACCAUCUCGGUGUAGUUAACGAGACACUAGAAACUAUUUCUUCAGACCUAGGCUUUAGUGGGAAUAUGAUGGCUGAAGGUCUAGUGGUGAGUACAUGCCUAGGGGGUGCUUUUAUUGGAUCCAUAUUCAGUGGUUGGAUUGCAGAUGGAGUUGGGCGACGCAGGGCGUUUCAGCUGUGUGCUUUGCCAAUGAUAAUCGGGGCUUCAAUGAGUGCAACAACCAAAGAUCUAUGGGGCAUGCUUUUGGGAAGGCUGUUUGUUGGAACUGGGAUGGGUAUUGGCCCUCCUGUUGCAGCUCUCUAUGUGUCAGAGGUUUCACCAGCUCAUGUUAGGGGUACUUAUGGCAGCUUAACACAAAUUGCAACAUGUCUUGGAAUUAUGGGUUCUUUGUUUAUUGGAAUUCCAGCCAAGGAUAAUGUGGGCUGGUGGCGCAUUUGUUUUUGGGUGUCUGCCAUUCCUGCUGCAGUCCUUGCUCUUCUCAUGGAGUUUUGUGCUGAGAGUCCUCAUUGGCUUUUCAAGAGAGGAAAGGGUGCUGAAGCGGAAGCUGAGUUUGAGAAGCUUCUAGGAGGAUCUCAUGUCAAAUCUGCAAUGGCUGAGUUAUUGAAGUCAGACCGAGGAGAUGAAGCAGAAAAAGUAAAGUUAUCGGAGUUACUCUAUGGUCGCCAUUUUAAAGUGGUUUACAUUGGGUCUGCACUUUUUGUCUUACAACAGUUAUCUGGCAUAAAUGCUGUAUUCUAUUUCUCAUCAACUGUCUUUAGAAGUGCUGGUGUUCCCUCUGACUUUGCAAACACAUGUAUUGGAAUUUGCAACUUACUGGGAUCAGUGAUUGCAAUGGUUUUGAUGGAUAAACUAGGAAGAAAGGUGCUUCUUAUUGGGAGUUUUUCUGGAAUGACAGUGUCAAUGGGUCUUCAAGCUGCUGCAGCUAGUUCGUUUGUGCCAAGCACUUCUGCAUUAUAUCUAUCUGUUGGAGGCAUGCUAAUGUUUGUGUUGACAUUUGCUCUUGGUGCCGGUCCAGUCCCUAGUCUACUUCUCUCCGAAAUACUGCCAGGUCGAAUUAGGGCAAAGGCAAUGGCAGUUUGCAUGGCCAUACAUUGGGUGAUAAACUUCUUCGUGGGUCUAUUGUUUCUGCGUUUGCUGGAGCAAAUUGGGCCUCUAGUCUUGUAUACAAUUUUUGGUAGCUUUUGUUUGUUGGCAGUGAUUUUUGUGAAGAAGAAUGUGUUAGAAACAAAAGGAAAAUCUCUCCAAGAGAUUGAAAUUGCACUACUCCCAUAAGAAUAAAGUCCAGUAUUGUACUUUUCACCCAGGAAUUCGAGAUGAAGUAUAACGAAGAAGGUUUAGGCUAGAUAGACGGCAAAUGCAGCAUACAUAUUACAAUUAUGGACUUGAACCUUUAAAAGGGCAGUAAGACAGGAUAGAGAUAAAUAUAAUCAUGAUGCCUCGGAGUUGGUUUGGAGAUUCAAAGAGCUGAAUUGAGCUUCUUAUGUUUUUGUCUUAACAAAUUUGCUACUUGGAAGUUGCAACCAGCUGCUCUCUAUUGGUCAAGCAUGCCUAACCUCAUAGCUUCUUCCUGCAUUUAGUUGUACGCUAUGGUUGGAGCUGGGACUUGAAAAGGGAAAAAUGGCUGAAAGAGCUACUGGUUAAGAUGGAGAUUUAUUUUGAUUCUCUUAUUUCAUUUUCCAAAUCUGAGGAUCAUUUAUGAUUUGCAGGGAGAUAAAUAUAUAAUUGGCUAUUCAUUUUCCCUAUAUUUCUUGCACUGGUUCUUGGCUUGUUUAUGGCUUCAAGUGAGCUUCUUCGUGGAAUUAUGGAGAGCUGGAGAACUUCAAUUCUCAAUUUAUUUUUCUGAGAAUAUCAUAGUUCCUUUGCAUUGAAGUUAUAGAAGCAAUGUGAUGGACAAAAAGAUUGUUCUUACAGCAUAUGUUCACUUUACCGUAUUCAACCGACGUGCAAGAAAAGUUUUUACUAUGGCACUUAUAGCAUUAACUAUCACUUGUAACAAGUUAUGUAGUGGAAGAUUUCAAUAAAGCAAACUCCUUUUGAAGGUUCAACAAAUAAACAUUGCAAAUUGUUGGUGUU